GAUAUAUAAAAAUCAGAAAUCAGUGAGAAAGAAAAAAAAACAUAUUUUUCCAUACGAGAAAAAAAUUACAAAAUUUUCCCAUGAAAAAUCAGUUCAUCGCUUUUUUUCAGCUUUUUUUUCCUUUCAUUCGCUCGAUGGAUGGAAACCAUGAGAAUUUCGGUCAAAGUGUUGCGAGAGUGUGUUAGUGGAAUGGAAUGAGUAAAAAAGUCCCAAUCCUUCCUUUUUGACUUUCCCAAAACCUCGUUAAGUUUCUCCGUCAUGUGGUGGAAUUUUUGUGUUUAAAGUUGACUCGUUUCUUUCGUUUUUUUUUUUGUUCCUUAUCUUGCUUUUGACUAAGAGAGCUAUGUUUCAUGUGCGUGCUAAACUUGAUUUAAUAUAAUAUUAUUAUUUAAUUUAAGUUGAUUUUAAGUAAUUUGGAUUUGCUUAUCGUUUGAGCAAAGUGCCGGUAAAAAUAUUGACAUAACUUUUGAUUUACGGAACUUUAAGAUUUUCAAAAGAAAAAUCAAUCGUUCUUUCCAAAAGAAUCAAAAUUAUUAAUUGAGGUUUUAAGUUAGUAAAAAAAUACCUUAGUUCUUCAAUUUUAUAAUUUCAACAUUCCUUAAAGCGGUUUCUCAAGGGUUCUAGCGAUAAAUAUAUGUUUUUUUUUCCUUUAAGUAUCUUAACUGUGUUAAUGGAGCAAAGUUUUCCCAGUUAUACCUGUACUAUAUAAAUCUCCCCUACAAAUACUGGCUAAUUUUUCAGCUGUAUUUGUUUACAAAUUGUCUAUUCUAACUGUGAAUAAUUUCUCUCUUUCUGUUGAUGUAUUGGUGUACGUCUUUUUCUUGGAGAAAAAACAAGCUUGAUUUUUCCAGAUUUCAUUAUUAGAAUCGGGAAAUUGUUUAGGACGGAACCCUAUGAAAAAAUACUGCGUGAAAUAUUUUCUUUUCAUAAUUUUUGUGUCUUUUUAAUUAUAUAUUCAUUUAUUAUUGAUAAAUGGUUUAUUCAAGUGCUUCAAAACGUUGAUAUUUAUAUAAUUUGUGAGAAAAAAAAAAAUACUAAACUAUAGUAUUUUGUGCCUUUAUUUUUCUUCUAUUUUAGUAAUGUGUGAGAAAAUGAGAAGAAGAAUCCAGCAAAGUUACUUAAAAAACGGAGAAAUUUAAGUUAUAAGAUACAAGAAUUUAAACACAUUAUUACUGUACAUAUACCAAAGAAUAAAAAAAAAUACUAAAAAUAUAAAAGAAAACUAAAACUUAAGUAAACAUAAAACUGAUGUAUAUAAUAUAUGUGUACUAUAAUUAAUAUAUUAUAUAUAUACGAAAAUUCUCUGCCAACGUCUGAUUUUUUUCCCAUAAAUUUAAUUGAUUGCAUACAUAUAUAAAAUAAUUAAUUAAUAUAUAAAUAAAUGUAUAUAAAACAAAAUAAAAUGUUGUUAAACCUCGUUCUAUAUAAUAAUAUUUCAUUUAAAUUUUUACCGAAAUUCAGUAAACAAAAUAUAUAAAAAAAUAAAAAAUUUCAUCAUCAACAAAAGAAAAGAAAAUAUGCCGAUAGUUAUAUCAAAACAACAACAACAAAAAAAAGAAUACACAAAAAAUCUAACGAAUUUGUAAAUAAAUAAAUUUAAUAGAAAAAGAAAUUCAUAGUGAAAACAAAUAAAGAAAAAAGUUAAAUUUAAUCUAAUUUAUCUGUGAUUUUUGUGAUUUUUUGUGCAAAACUAUUUCCGAGUAAUAAAAAUUCAACUAAAACAACAAAAAUGUCUAAUACCAUGUAAAAUAAAAAUAUUAAAAAAGAAAAUAAUCUUAAAAAUAAUUAAUUUAAUCAACUAAUAGAACUUCAGUGGAAAUUCGGUAAAAUCUUCGUGCCAUCAUCGUCACUAACAGAAAUACACACUCACACAAACAUAUACUUCAAAUUAUAAAUUAGAUGUUUGAUUAUAAAAUAAAUUAUUUUCCUGUAUAAGAAAAAGAUAAAAAAGAAAACGGAAAGAAAAAAAUUAAAUAUUAAAUACCAGAUUGAAAAUAAAUAAAUAAAAAUAAAGUAAAUAAAAAAAUAUAAUUCGAAAAAUUCCAUCAAUUAAUCAAAUGCUGAAUGAAAUGAGGAUUAUUAGUCAACCAGGACGAAUGUGUGCUGCAGCUAACGUGGUUUAACACAAUAUGGCCGAGCGGUCGUCUGUUACAUAUAAAAAGUUGGAAAUAUUGACGGUUGGCAGCGGCUCAGGAAGCGGCGCUAGCAGGACAGCAACAGGGCUCCACAAGCGGGGGGCACUUGGGUCGAAGGGGAGCCCAUCGCUUAGCUGAUAGAAUGGGUGGCCCGAGUAGUCAGGGCCAAUCACCACCCGGUGGUGGGCCCACAUCACUUUUUAUCCUUACCGAGGAUAAUCCAAUUAGGAAGUAUACACGAUUUAUAAUAGAAUGGCCGCCCUUCGAGUAUGCUGUGUUAUUGACAAUCAUUGCCAACUGUGUAGUGUUGGCAUUAGAAGAACAUUUGCCUGAGGGUGAUAAAACAGUAUUGGCUCAAAAACUGGAAAAAACCGAAGCCUAUUUUUUAUGCAUUUUCUGUGUAGAAGCAUCGCUCAAGAUCCUUGCCUUAGGGCUAGUUCUGCAUAAACACUCCUACCUCAGGAAUAUAUGGAACAUAAUGGAUUUUUUCGUUGUAGUAACGGGGUUCAUCACAAUGUUCCCACAAAAAGGGCCCGAAGUAGAUCUAAGAACAUUAAGGGCUAUUCGUGUGCUAAGGCCCUUAAAAUUAGUUUCUGGAAUUCCUAGUUUACAAGUAGUUUUAAAAUCAAUUAUCAAAGCAAUGGCACCGUUACUUCAAAUCGGACUUUUGGUCCUGUUUGCGAUCGUUAUAUUUGCAAUCAUCGGACUCGAGUUCUAUUCGGGCGCACUGCAUAAGACUUGUUAUAGUUUAGAGGAUCCAAAUAGAAUUGUUAAGGAGGGCGAGAUGGAAACACCGUGUAAUACGGACAACUUCACUGCUGCGUCGGGAGGUUCAUACGUUUGUAAUGUUAACACAAGUAUGUGCCUGGAAAAAUGGGAUGGACCAAAUUCUGGAAUAACUAGUUUUGACAAUAUCGGUUUUGCCAUGUUGACCGUAUUCCAGUGCAUCACAAUGGAAGGCUGGACUGCAAUACUGUAUUGGACCAACGACGCAUUAGGUUCAACGUUUAAUUGGAUAUAUUUUGUGCCUCUAAUAGUAAUAGGCUCAUUUUUUAUGCUCAACUUAGUUCUUGGUGUUCUUAGCGGAGAAUUUUCUAACGAACGUAAUCGUGUCGAACGACGAAUGGAAUUUCAAAAAUGCCGGACUAGAACAUUAUUUCAAAAUGCCAUGACAUCAUAUCUUGAUUGGAUAACUCAAGCAGAGGAAGUGAUACUAGCCGAAGAAAGAACAACUGAAGAGGAAAAAAUGCACAUAAUGGAGGCGAGAAGAAGAAAUGCCGCCAAACGAAAAAAGCUGAAAAGCUUAGGAAAAUCUAAGUCAACAGAUACAGAAGAAGAAGAAGGCGAAGAAGAUUAUGGUGAUGAUGGAUAUCUUAAAUCGCGAACGAAAACUCAAGGCACAUGCAAGGGUUUCUGGCAUGCGGAAAAGCGAUUUCGAUUCUGGAUCCGACAUACCGUCAAAACACAAUGGUUCUAUUGGUUCGUCAUAGUUUUGGUGUUUCUGAAUACUGUUUGCGUAGCAGUAGAACAUUACGGCCAGCCAGAUUGGCUUACAAAAUUUCUGUAUUAUGCAGAAUUUGUGUUUCUGGGUCUUUUCAUGACAGAAAUGUGGGUCAAGAUGUACGCUCUAGGUCCACGGAUAUAUUUUGAAUCAUCAUUCAAUCGUUUCGAUUGUGUCGUCAUUAGUGGUUCGAUAUUCGAAGUGGUGUGGUCCGAGGUGAAAGGCGGCUCAUUCGGUUUGUCCGUUCUACGCGCCCUCCGUCUACUACGUAUAUUUAAAGUGACCAAAUAUUGGUCAUCGCUGCGGAAUCUUGUGAUUUCGCUGUUGAACUCGAUGAGAUCCAUCAUUUCAUUGUUGUUCCUGCUCUUCUUGUUCAUUCUGAUAUUUGCAUUGCUAGGCAUGCAAUUGUUCGGUGGACAAUUUAAUCUGCCGAAUGGUACGCCCGAAACAAAUUUCAACACAUUUCCGAUUGCACUAUUAACUGUAUUUCAAAUACUGACCGGUGAGGAUUGGAACGAGGUCAUGUAUCAGGGUAUAAUAUCACAGGGUGGAGCCAAGAAAGGAAUGAUUUAUUCACUAUACUUUAUCGUUUUGGUGCUAUUCGGUAACUAUACACUGCUAAAUGUGUUCUUGGCUAUCGCCGUCGAUAAUUUGGCAAAUGCCCAAGAACUGACAGCAGCUGAAGAGGAACAAGUUGAAGAGGACAAAGAAAAACAAUUGCAGGAGCUUGAAAAAGAAAUGGAAGCUCUUCAAGGAGAUGGUGUUUAUGUUGAAGGGCAAACAGCAGCGCCAGCUACUGGUGGCAAAAGUAAAAAGAAAGAAGAGGAGAAAAAAGAAGAAGAAGAGGUCACCGAAGGCCCCAAGCCAAUGUUGCCAUAUUCAUCAAUGUUUAUUUUAUCACCGACAAACCCCAUUCGUUGUGGAGCCCAUUGGGUGGUCAAUUUGCCAUACUUCGAUUUUUUCAUUAUGGUCGUCAUCUCAUUGUCAUCGAUAGCGUUGGCCGCCGAAGAUCCCGUCAUUGAAAAUUCGACGCGAAAUAAAAUAUUAAAUUAUUUCGAUUAUGCAUUUACGGGCGUAUUCACAAUAGAAAUGUUACUAAAAAUUGUAGAUUUAGGUAUUAUAUUACAUCCUGGCAGCUAUUUAAGAGAAUUCUGGAAUAUUAUGGAUGCUGUGGUCGUUAUAUGCGCUGCAGUAAGCUUCGGUUUCGAUAUGACCGGUAGCCAAGCGGGAGCAAAUUUAUCAACGAUUAAAUCGUUGCGUGUAUUACGUGUCCUGCGUCCAUUAAAAACAAUUAAACGUGUACCGAAAUUAAAAGCGGUAUUCGAUUGUGUGGUGAACUCGCUUAAAAAUGUUGUUAAUAUUUUAAUCGUGUAUAUAUUGUUUCAAUUUAUUUUUUCGGUAAUUGGUGUACAAUUGUUCAAUGGGAAAUUUUUUUAUUGUACGGACGAUAGUAAACAUACUGCCACAGAGUGCCAGGGUUCCUUCUUCAGAUAUGAAGAAGAUGAACUAUUACCAAGAGAGGAACGGCGGAUUUGGAAAACGCGAAACUUUCACUACGAUAAUGUAGCAACUGCCAUGUUAACAUUAUUCGCUGUACAGACCGGUGAAGGAUGGCCUCAAGUCCUUCAAAAUUCAAUGGCAGCCACAUAUGAAAACAGGGGUCCAAUUCAAAAUUUCCGGAUUGAAAUGUCCUUAUUUUAUAUUGUAUAUUUCAUAGUAUUUCCAUUCUUCUUCGUUAACAUUUUCGUGGCCUUGAUUAUCAUUACAUUUCAAGAGCAAGGCGAGGCUGAGUUGCAAGAUGGUGAAAUCGAUAAAAAUCAGAAAUCUUGCAUAGAUUUUACGAUUGGUGCUCGACCUCUGGAACGUUAUAUGCCGAAAAAUCGUAACACUUUCAAAUACAAAGUGUGGCGAAUCGUAGUUUCAACACCAUUUGAGUAUUUUAUAAUGAUGCUAAUUGUGUUCAAUACGCUAUUACUUAUGAUGAAGUAUCAUAACCAAGGCGAUAUGUAUGAAAAAUCCUUAAAAUAUAUCAACAUGGGGUUUACUGGAAUGUUCAGUGUUGAAACAGUACUGAAAAUAAUCGGAUUUGGUGUAAAGAAUUUCUUUAAGGAUCCAUGGAACAUCUUUGAUUUGAUCACUGUUGUUGGCAGUAUCAUUGAUGCAUUGUGGAUGGAAUUUGGGUCGAGUUCGAUAAACGUUGGCUUCCUGAGAUUGUUUCGUGCCGCUCGUCUCAUAAAACUUCUCCGCCAAGGAUAUACGAUACGAAUUUUACUCUGGACAUUCGUACAAUCGUUCAAAGCACUUCCUUAUGUCUGUUUGCUUAUUGCAAUGCUGUUUUUUAUUUAUGCCAUUAUUGGCAUGCAGGUUUUUGGAAAUAUAAAAUAUGAUCCGGAUACUCAGCUCAACAGGCAUAAUAAUUUUCAAUCGUUCUUUGGAGGAAUCAUGCUGCUUUUUCGAUGUGCAACGGGCGAGGCGUGGCCGAACAUUAUGCUGGCGUGCCUUAAAGGGAAGCCAUGUGAUGAGCGUGCGGAGAAAGGGGAUGAGACAUGUGGUUCAACAUUGGCAUAUGCAUAUUUUGUGUCAUUCAUAUUUUUUUGUUCAUUUCUGAUGUUAAACUUGUUUGUCGCCGUCAUCAUGGAUAAUUUUGAUUAUCUUACACGUGAUUCCAGUAUAUUGGGUGCCCAUCAUUUAGACGAAUUCGUUCGGAUUUGGGCUGAAUAUGAUCCAAAUGCGACGGGUAAAAUUCACUACACAGAAAUGUAUGAUAUGUUAAAAAACAUGGAUCCUCCAUUGGGGUUCGGUAACAAAUGUCCCAAUCGCCUCGCCUACAAAAAAUUAAUAAGAAUGAAUAUGCCGCUUGAUCAAGAACUGAGAGUGAAUUUUACAACUACCCUAUUUGCGCUGAUACGUGAAAAUCUCAGUAUAAAAAUGCGUUCUGCUGAAGAAAUGGAUCAAGCCGAUAUGGAACUCAGGGAAACCAUAACGCAUAUAUGGCCGUUACAGGCCCGAAAGGUCCUUGAUUUGUUGGUGCCGAAAAGUGAUCAAUUGAAUACGGGAAAAUUAUCAGUUGGCAAAAUUUAUGGUGGAUUUCUUAUCUUAGAAUCCUGGCGAACGACGCGUUUUGGACAAAUAGAUUCAGGCAUGCCGGCCAAGAAAGAUGAUGAUAUGAAAAGUAGUCCUACCGCUGCCGAUCAGCCGAUGUUGGAGUUACAAGAUGUUCCAUCACGGCACCCUUCUCAGGAAUCGUUAACUGGGGGCGAUGCUGGCCAUCUGCAUCCUGGUCAUGCGUACACAAACGGUCAUCGAAGAUCACCUAGCCUAAGGCAUAACGGAUCUCCUUUGGCCAGAUCUCCAAGUCCUAGACGGCGAGGUCAUCAAUAUAUACAUCAUGAUAUUGGGUUCUCCGAUACCGUAUCUAAUGUUGUAGAGAUGGUCAAGGAGACCCGUCAUCCUAGGCAUAGUUAUGGUCACCCUACUCGAUAUCCAAGAGGUUCAUGGUCAGCAUCGACAAGUCCGGCCCGUUCGCCUUCACCUUCUCGAUUUGGUGGCCAUUUAUCUCGAAGUAGGCGUAAUCACCUGCCUUAUCCCACAUAUGGGACGACAAGUCUAUGUCAAAGAUCACGAUCGCCAAGUCCCGCUCGACUUCAGGAGAUGCGUGAAAGAGAUAGACUUGGUAUUGGGAUUGAUGAAAUGGGAGGUACACAUGUUCAGCAUAGCUAUCCAGUAUUGGCGGCGAGGCGUGGAGGAGCUGGAAGACGUCUGCCGCCGACACCGUGUAAACCAUCAACGUUGCAGUUGAAGCCAACAAAUAUUAAUUUUCCAAAACUGAAUGCAAGUCCAACGCAUACACAUCAUUCGACGCCUCAUAGUGUUCACUCAUUGCCACACCACCGCGAUUUGUUGCGGGAUCCAAGAGAUAUGUACUAUAGUAGUAGGGAACGAGAUAGAGAUCGUGAGCGAUAUAGAGACAGAAUGAGAGACUACGACCUGCGUUACGAAUACAGAGAUCGAGAACGGGAGCUUUAUGAAAGAGAAAGAGAUAGGGAAAGAGAGCUGGAAAGAGAAAGACUGGAAUAUAUUGCACCUCUGUCCUUUGAACAGGCUCUUGCCAUGGGACGAACAGGACGAGUUCUGCCUUCACCAGUUUUAAAUGGCUACAAGCCAAAAGGUGGCCUACACACACGACAUUCGGAUUCAGAUGAAGAAGACUGGUGCUAGCAAAGGCUUUGAUUGAGGCGUGACCGCAGGGAACAGAUCUGGGUGUAGCUACAACAACAAAAACAACAACAACAGCAACAUAUACAAAUUAAAAAAAAAGAAAACCACAAACCAUCUCAUUAAUGACAUGCGUGAAUCAACAAAAAAAACAACAACAACAAACAACAACCAAAACAUUUAAUAGUCUAUAAUAUCUUUCUCUACAAUCUGCUACAAUAAGUUCGAAAUUUUAUACGCAAAAAUAAAAUAAAAACAAAAAAACAAUUAUAAACAAUUUAAAAUACUUUUGAAUUAUCAUAAUCAACGGAAAAUAUUUUAAAGAUCGUACAAAGUAUGUAAAGAAACUGACAAAUUAACCAUCUCAACAAAAAAAAAACAAAACUCGUAUAAACAUUUAAAAAUAAAAAAAAGUUUUAUAUCUCAAAAUAAAAACAAAAAAAAACAUAUAUUGCCGCAGCUUUAACAUAAUAGCUUAUAAUUUUUCGUUUUUAUUCCCAAAUUUAAGAAAAAAAUAUACAUAAAUUUAUUAAAAAUGAAAAAUAAAUAAAUAUAUGGAAAAGGCAUUGUUAUUUUAUUUCUAUAGACAAUUUAAAUUCGAUAUAAAAUAUACACAUUUUUUAUAAACAAAAAUAAGAAAACAAAAAAUACAAGAAAGAGUUGUAGAGGUACCUUUGAAUACAUAAAUUAUAUAGAAAGCGUAAGUCCAAAACAAAAGUUAAUUUGUCAAAAUUAUCCCAGUUAUUACCAACAAUACAAAAACAAAAAUCAAACGUUGUUAUUUCCUUCAAAAGUUUACGUUAAACUAUAAUACAAAAAAAAAACAUUAAAAGUAAAAUUUAUUCAUUAUUAGCACAUUGUUUUUGUUGACUGAUUGUUAAAAAAUGUAAGAGAUUUUAUUGCGAAAUCUUGGAUGCUAUACCGUGUAUGGAUUGUUAUACAAUAAUAAAAGAUAAUAUUUAGCCAAUCUAUUGUUGAACUUGAAUUUUUAAUAUUUUUCUUUAAAUUAAUUUUAAUAGACAUUUUACUAGAACAAUUUAAACCUAUUUAAAUUUAACCAAAGAAAAAAUAUAAAAUUUUUAACAAAACAAAAAAAAAUAAUAAAACUUAACUUCUUGAAAUGAUCGCCAAAAUAUAUUUAAAAAGAGAAAUGAAAUAAUAAUAAUAAACAAAUUUAUUUUUGUUGACGCAUUUAAUAGCCCUUUUCAUUUACUUUGAUCUUUAAUUUUGCAAUAUAAUAUAUAAAAUAUAUUUGGACAUUAAUAAUACAAUCCAUUUCGCUUUACAUACUCACUCAUUAGAUAGGUAAAUUAAAAACAAAAAAAAAACACUAUAGCAAAAGCAAAAAUAAAUAAAAUAACAGAGAUUGAAACCUAUAAAAACAUUUAACAUCAAUAAAACAUAAUAACAAAUGAAGUAUCCAAUACUUCAAUGUAGGAAAUGUAUAAAAUAAACCUCUAAGAACUUAACCAACAAGAAAAAAAAAACUAAACUGAUAAAUAUAUAAAAUUUAGAUUAAAAUACAAAUAAAAAUAGGUAAACCUACAAAAGCAAACGCACAAAGUUACGAUGCGAUACGAAAAGAUGAAUGGUUAUGAUUUUUAUGUUCAUGAAUUUAUCAUUCAUUUAUUUUUUCAAUUUUAAUUUGAUUUUAUUGUUUUUUUUUUAAUCAUUAAUUUGUAUACUGCAUCAUAUAACAACAAGACACUGUACAUAACUUUAGAACUUCGCUGUACAUUUUUAAGCUUUCAAAUUUGUACUAUAUCACCCUGCAAUGAAAUAGAAAUAUAAAAAGCAUCUACAUAAUACAAAAUAAAAACAAAAAAAUGCUAAAUUAAUUAAUUAAAAAAGGCAUUUUGAAAUUCUUAAAACCAAAAUCACGUUGAUCUCAUAUUUUAAAGGAUUCAUCAUAUCAUUACUAAAAGUACGGUAACAUCUAAACAAAAAAGUUGAUUAACACUUCUUAUUUGGUAUUAAUGUCAUAAAUCAUUCAGAUUAAAAGGGUUUUAUUUUUGACUGGGGUAGCUAUUGAUUGAAAUUUAGACAAUUUGCAAAAAAUAUGAAGCUUACUUUCCUUACAAAAAAAAACACACACACACAAUCAAGACAUGCAGUCUCUUUGUUUUCGAAAAAUAAAAUUGAAAAUCUGAUAUAGUCCAACUUGAAGGACCUAAGUGAUAAAGUCCUUCUGUUGAAAGCAAAAGCAGCAAAAUAUCUAACGUUGCAUAUUAGAUAUUGUAUUCAAACAAACCAAAGAGUUUGGAAGUUUAUUUAAAUUGUGAAGUGGUUAACAUUUCACUAAAUUC